AUGUUUGUACUUAUAGCAGAACACCUCAAGAAACACCAGCGGAAACCCACAGGGAAGAAAUCUCACUGCUGCUCUGACUGUGGGAAGAUAUUCAACUCUUCUACAGACCUUAAAAGACAUAUGAGAAUCCAUACAGGAGAGAAACCGUAUAGCUGUAAUCAAUGUGGGAAGAGUUUUACUUACGCAAGCUGCCUGAAGGUACAUUUGAGAACACACACUGGAGAGAAACCGUAUAGCUGCGAUCAAUGUGGGGAGAGUUAUACUACAUCUACCAGUCUGACUAUACACCAGAGAACACACACAGGAGAGAAACCUUAUAGCUGUGAUCAAUGUGGGAAGAGUGUUACUACAUCUAGCCAUCUGACUAUACACCAGAGAAUACACACAGGAGAGAAGCCUUAUAGCUGUGAUCAAUGUGGGAAGAGUUUUACUUCAUCUACCAGUCUGACUAUACACCAGAGAACACACACAGGAGAGAAACCUUAUAGCUGUGAUCAAUGUGGGAAGAGUUUUACUAAAUCAAGCACCCUGAUGGCACAUUUGAGAACGCACACUAGAGAGAAACCUUAUAGCUGUGAUCAAUGUGGGAAGAGUUUUAGUCGAUCAAGCAACCUGAUGGCACAUUUGAGAACACACACUAGAGAGAAACCUUAUAGCUGUGAUCAAUGUGGGAAGAGUUUUAGUGAUUCAAGCAACCUGAAGGUACAUUUGAGAACACACACUGGAGAGAAACCUUAUAGCUGUGAUCAAUGUGGCAAGAGAUACGCUGGUAAAAGAACUCUGAUUAAACAUCAGAAAGUACAUACAUGAAGGAGUUGUUU